AUGAAUGGCUUCGACUCAAAGGGCCUCGACGAGGAUGCCUUCGGCGAGAAGUCCAAUCUAGCAGGUCUAAAGACCUUUGAUGCUUUCCCCAAAACCAAAUCAUCCUACACAACCCCAACCCGCAGCGGCGGCGUAUGGACCGUCCUAAUCCUAAUAAUCUGCACGAUUUUCAGCAUCUCAGAACUAAAAACAUGGUGGCGCGGCACAGAACACUACCAAUUCAGCGUUGAAAAAGGCGUCUCGCACGAACUCCAACUAAACCUCGACAUUGUGGUCUACAUGCCCUGCGACGAACUCCGCGUGAACAUCCAAGACGCAGCAGGCGACCGCAUCCUAGCAGGCGAGCUCCUCAAACGCGACAACACAAACUGGGACCUAUGGAUGGCAAAGCGCAACUACGAAACCUACGCCGGCGCCCACGAAUACCAGACCCUCUCCCAUGAGGAAAAUGACCGGCUCGAGGAACAGGAGGCCGACUCCCAUGUCCGCCAUGUCCUCGGUGAAGUGCGCCAUAAUCCCUGGCGGAAGUUCCCUAAGGGUCCGCGGAUGCGACGCGGCGAUGUGCCGAAUGCUUGUCGGAUUUAUGGGAGUCUUGAGGGAAAUAAGGUGCAGGGUGAUUUCCAUAUUACGGCGAGGGGGCAUGGAUACCGUGAGGUUGGGGCGCAUCUUGAUCAUUCGUCCUUCAACUUCUCCCACAUGAUAACUGAACUCUCCUUCGGCCCGCACUACCCAACCCUCCACAACCCUCUCGACAAGACAAUCGCCGAAAGCGACUCCCACUACUACAAGUUCCAGUACUUCCUCUCAGUAGUACCGACCCUCUACAGCCGGGGCAAGGGCGCGCUCGACGCAUACACUCGGUCCCCAAUGUCCGCGGCGGCACGCUCAGGCCGCGACACAGUCUUCACGAACCAGUACGCGGCUACGAGUCAGUCCGGCGCGAUUCCCGAGUCGCCGAUGGUUGUUCCGGGUAUCUUUUUCAAGUAUAACAUUGAGCCGAUUCUGCUGCUGGUUAGUGAGGAGCGCACUGGGUUCCUUGCGCUUCUUAUUCGGUUGAUUAAUACUGUUUCUGGAGUUCUUGUUACUGCGUGUUAG